UUUCACUGCAUGUUUCUCUCAAGAAAAUGCAACUACAAAACCCCCUCAAUCCCCUCCACAUUCUCCCUCCCUCACAAUCCCGAAAUCAUUUCCAAGUUUUCCUUUUUUUCUCAUUCAGGCAUUUUCACAAACACGUAAAGGACAACUUCAGCUUGCAUUAGCAUUCAUCAAUGGCCAGACCACAACAACGAUACAGAGGUGUUCGCCAAAGACAUUGGGGUUCUUGGGUAUCUGAAAUCCGUCAUCCAUUACUGAAAACAAGAAUUUGGUUAGGGACAUUUGAGACAGCAGAAGAUGCGGCAAGAGCAUAUGAUGAAGCAGCAAGAUUAAUGUGUGGUCCAAGGGCAAGAACUAAUUUCCCUUACAACCCAAACAUGCCGCAAACAUCUUCCUCAAAACUUCUUUCAGCAACUUUAACAGCCAAAUUACAUAAAUGUUACAUGGCUUCACUUCAAAUGGCCAAAAACUCAGCACAAGAACAACACCACCAACCACCUCGAAAAAUUCAAACUUCAUAUGCUCAGACAGCAGUAGCCAAUGUUGGAAAUCAUGUUGCCUAUGAAACAAAACCACAAAUGUUAAUGUCAAAGCCAACAUUUUUAGCACAGCAACAAGAAGCAGCAGCAGGGGUUAAUUGGGAAGUGAUGAAAGUUGAAGCUGUAGAGCACACACCACAGUUUAUUAAUACACUUGAAGAAGACCACAUUGAACAAAUGAUUGAAGAAUUACUUGAUUAUGGCUCCAUUGAACUUUGCUCAGUAGUUCCUUCUCAUCAGUAAUUGUCUUACCAUUUUGCUAAUUUUAACUGCCCAGUCUCUGAGUUGUUUCUUUCUAGGGGAGCCUUAGAGCAGCGGUAAAGUUAUUUCUGUUUGACUUAUGGUUUAAGGGUUCGAGCCGUGAAAACGAUUACUAAUGUUUGCAUUAACACCUUCCGGGCGACCCUUACCCCAAUUCUACGCGAAAUGUUUUGUGCACGAGUUGUCCAAAGUUGUUUCCUUCUUUUAAAAAACAUAGUAUGUACCAUUAGUAGAAAUUAGGACUUAUUAUUUUUUCUAUCUUUUGGUUCCUAGAAUUCUUGUUCUAAGAGAACUAUCUAUUAGUUAGAAGAUGAUGUAUGUACAGUGUAGUAUGUUUACUGCUACCAUUGUUGUGAAAAGAAUUAUUAUUUCUAAUAUAUA